CUGGGCUUUGCUCUUUUGUUCCCAAUUAGCAGAGUAAAGUCUGUAGAUUCAAAAGGCUUUCAAAGGAAAAAAAGAAAAAUCCACUUGCUCUGCUUCUCAAUUUGCUCCUUGUUUUCUCCUCAUGGAUAAUAAGCCAGAGAUGAAAAGGAUAGAGGAUGUAACAAGAUGUCAAGUGACAUUCUCUAAACGUAGGAGCAGCCUCCUUAGAAAAGCUAACGAAAUCUCUGUUUUCUGCGACGUUGAUGUUGCACUCGUUGCCUUUUCCCCCUCAGGCCGCGUUAGCAAAUUUUGCAGCCGGGAAAGGAUCGAAGAUGUGCUUGAACGCUAUGUCAAGCUAGCACCAGAUAAAAGAUAUCAACAUGUAAGGUGUCUCGAGUGGAAGUUACAGAAGAUGAAGCAGCUAGACUGCAUAAGGGGAGAUGAAAACAAGCUGCUUCACCUGGAUAAUCAAAUCAAAAAUCUGGAGCUACAAAUCAAGAAAACUACAAUAGAGCUGGAAAUCUUGCAAACCAAUCUCAAGGAGUAUGAGCUGGAGAAUGUAGAGGGUGCUUCACUUGCUCAAAUCUUGUGGUGUGAGAAAAACCUGAAAGCUGCACUACAAGGAAUCAUGGAUAGGAAAAAAAGGUUGCUGAAUGAAACGUACCCAUCACUCGGGCAAACAAGGCUUCAGAGACGAGGACAAACACCAUUUGCAUACAACUUUCCUGGGAAUCAAGUGCUCAACAGAGCAAGGCAAAACCUGAAUUCCAGGAGUCGAUUUCUAAUGCAACAUAAUCCUAGGACUUGGCCGUACAGCUCCAGGGUUCAUAAAAGUCUACUAGACCAGCGAUAUCAACCUAGAGGGAUAUCAGUUGGUGUACCUGGUGCAUCCAGCAGCUUUGCAUUCAACCCUUUGGCUGCUAGUUUCCCUGCCAUUUACCAACACCCUUCUUUCACUCAGCGAACUGAAAUCCCACCAACUUACCAUCCAAUCCAGCAUCAACCUUUUUUAUGGGAUCCGACUGCUGCUAGUACUCAAAAUUUGCAGUUAGGGGUGUAUGGAAACUCAUCCAUGCAUCAAGAAAUUAUAGGGAAUCCUGCUUUCAAUUGUGUUCCUUAUCAGCCACCGGGAACAUUAGGAACCUCAAAUCUGUACCAACCAAUAAUGCCUGGUAUUCUGGAUCAGCAGCUGGGAGUGCUGGGAAGCUCAUCUGUGCAGCAACUGAUGAGAGAGGAUCAGAUAACACCUGGUAUUCCUAAUCAGCAACUAGGAGCUUUAGGUGAUUCAUUUCCGGAUCAAUCUUUGAUCGGAGUCGGCACGACACCUUAUGCUCAAUUCCAGCAGGCAGGAGUUUUAGGCAGCCCAUCUGUGGGAAGGCUUGCAAAUGUUGAACCUUUAGGACCUCAAAAGAAUCCAACACCAACUCCUUACCAUAAUUACCAGAACAAUUCCAACACGCAUAAGGAUGUGUCGUCACUGCCAUCCACGUCUCAGCUUCAAGUCGAUCCUAAUGAAAUGAACUUGCACUUGCUAGGCAGCCAUAGUUACAAUACUAGUCAGAAUUUGGUUGCAACACCCCUUUUGAACUCUGAGAGGGUUUCCUCUGAACCUGUCUUCACCAAUAAUAUUGGAUCCAUCACCACCCCCACCCACGGAGAUGGUGACAAUGCAAACAACGGCAGGAGUGGUGGUACUAGCAACAGCAACAACGGUAACAACGGCAUUGACAACUGCGACACAAAUGAGAAACAUCCGGCAUGCCUUACUCAAGAGAAUCCACCUCCAGAAUCCCCAACUGACUCGAUGUUUCUUAAUAGCCUUUUAAAUGAGGCUGCAAUUGAAAAUGACACAUCACAACCUGCAGGAAACCAGGAGGACAGCUUCAUAGAUUGGGAUGGCUUUACAUUGGCAGAAAACCUGAACUUGGAAGACUUUGAAAUUAUAUUUUGAGCAAUGACAAAUUUUAGGACUCAGAUUGCAGUUGUUUUCCCUCUGAGCCUUCAGAAUUAGGUAAUGAAAUAAGAUACUGCAAGGAAUAAUGUAGAUCUUGAACUUGACCAUGAUGAUGCUUGUUUCUCAUCAGUGUUUCUUGCAUAAUUCAGUUGAUACUGACUCUCCAAAGAUGCAGACCAUUCAUCAAUUUCAUUAAUUGAAAAAUGUUUA